CCAUCCCUCUCUAUCCCUCCCUCUCUCUCUCUCUCUCUCUGCUCCUCUCUCACACGCACAAAAUCCUCUGUCAUGGCGUCUUCCAACAAUGUUACUCCCACCAACUGUAGCUGGUGGCCCAUAUCAGCCAUGGACGAAGAUGGCAAAAUCACAGACGGAGAGGAGAGUCACGAGCCCACGAUAGAACACAAGCCAUACUCCAAAGACAGGCUCGUUCUGUACCACUGGACUCAGUCCUUCAGCUCUCAAAAGGUGCGUCUGGUGAUCAAUGAGAAAGGUUUGCUGUGUGAAGAACGGGAUGUCAGCCUGCCUCUCACUGAGCACAAGGAGCCUUGGUUCAUGAGGCUCAACCUUGGGGAGGAAGUGCCGGUGUUUAUCCAUGGAGACACGAUCGUCAGCGACUACAACCAAAUCAUUGAUUAUAUCGAGACCAACUUUAUUGGAGACACAGUAGCCCAGCUGAUUCCAGAUGAAGGAAGUCCCAUGUAUGCAAGGGUACAGCAGUACCGAGAGCUGCUGGAUGGGCUGCCCAUGGAUGCUUACACACAUGGAUGCAUCCUGCAUCCAGAACUCACAACCGACUCCAUGAUCCCAAAGUACGCCACUGCUGAAAUCCGUAGGCAUUUGGCCAAUGCAGCAUCUGAACUGAUGAAGUUGGACCACGAGGAGCCCCAGCUGACAGAACCAUACCUCUCCAAGCAGAAAAAGCUGAUGGCGAAGAUCUUGGAUCAUGACAAUGUGAACUACCUGAAAAAGAUUCUUGGUGAGUUGGCGAUGGUGCUAGACCAAGUAGAGGCAGAGCUGGAAAAAAGAAAACUGGAAUAUCAAGGUCAGAAGUGUGAAUUAUGGCUUUGUGGACCUACUUUUACACUAGCUGAUAUUUGUCUUGGAGCCACGUUGCACAGGCUCAAGUUCUUGGGACUCUCAAGGAAAUACUGGGAGGACGGGAGCCGGCCGAACCUGCAGUCGUUUUUUGAGCGGGUGCAGAAACGCUACGCUUUCCGCAAGGUGUUGGGGGACAUCCACACGACCCUGCUCUCUGCAGUUCUACCUAAUGCAUUCCGAAUGGUAAAAAAGAAGCCGCCGUCCUUCUUUGGCGCAUCCUUCUUAAUGGGCUCUCUCGGGGGGAUGGGCUAUUUUGCCUAUUGGUUUUUAAAAAAGAAAUACAUGUAGUGAAUGUGCUCUUGUAGUGUUUUGUGUCUGUGUAUCUGUGUGAAGUUCGAACUUUUCGGUAACACUGUUUUACGAGAGCAGGAAAAACAAGACAAUAUACAGAGAUUAACACUAUUACUUACUUGGGUGAAUAAUUAAAUAAAUAUAUAAUGAGAACAUUCCAAGACUAGGAAUUCUUCUUAACAGCACCUUCUCUGGUAACGAAUGCCUUCAUGACUUUUUUUUUUUUUUUUUUUUUUUUUUUUUUUAAACGAGUUACUGGUUUAUUUUUGUUCAUAUUAGGCUUGCAUACAGCAUAAUUAUGUUGUUUUGUUCCGUCCAGAUUAUAAACACUUCGCAUUCUGCCAUUGAGGACACCUGUAGUUUGAUUUGGUUAUGUGGUAGAGCACAAAAGCCAAGUAUAUUAUCAACGCAAAGCCCAAAAUAAUGUUUAUUAAUCUACCCCGAAUUCGCAAGCAUUCAUAUUUUGUAUGGGUUUCCAAACACUUGAUUUAUUCUGCGAAACGAUCAGCAUUUAGUCGUUCACUUUUUAGUGCAGAUCACAACCGAAUUCAACACAUCGCCGUUAGCGUUUCCGGUCCGAAUCCGUUUGCCUCUGCAUUCAGUUGGAGGAGCCCGUGCCAGCAAACAUUUUAAAGCCCUACAUUUUCAGAAUAUUAAACUUUACCAAGAAUGCAAAAACCGAAAAACACUGAAGAGAACAGAAUGUUCCUCAUAAGACUGCCAAAUUGAGCAUUUUCUUUCCUGUUUAAUUGAAUUUUUUUCUUUUUGUUUUAUCACUAGCGAAGUCGUCGAAAGUAUAAAUGGUGAGUAAAGUUCUUGAAAUGGAGGUGGUAUAGAAAUGUGAAUGUCAAGUUCGUAAAUUGUAAUGCGAUAUUUAAUAUCAAAGCAAACACGCCUUGAUGUUCAAUAGAAAAAAUUGACUUAUAAUAAAAAUAAAACGGUCAUUUAUAGUAUAUUCACAUUAAGCAUGCAACUGUUUAAUUUAAUGGGUUUAUAGCCAAAGACGAUGUUUUUCCAGUAAUCCACUUAUACAUUUAAACUCAGCUUGACUUAGAUAAAACUGUGAGAGACCAUUAACACAAGACAUUAUAUGCAUUAUAUGAGAGUUCUAUACCACCUCACACACAAGCCAUAUACAACUGUGAAGAUGCAUUCAUUUUCCGUGAUUUUAUUUUAUGUACUGCUGUUAGUCAUUGUCAAUACUACAACUGCAAGAAAUGUACAGUACAAUGUCUGAGAUUCAUUUCUCAGCACCUCAAAUCUCACAGAAAUUUCCUUGAUAUGGAAUGUUUGUUGUAAAUUGCGAUAAGCUGCGAUCCCUAUUCUAAAACGGAAUGACUGGAAGUUAAAUUAAUACAUGAGAAAUAUAUUGAUGUCUGUGGUCAUUAGACUUCACAAUAGAUUUUUUUAUUUUGUAAUUUUUAUUUUUAUAUUUUUAAAAUAUGCAUUUAUUUACAGUGCUUUCUAAGAUGUUUGUUCAUGAGCCUUAAUUUGUUCAGUUGCCAUCGAUUUCAAUAAAUGAAAAUGCUUACCUUAA